UACUACAAAGAUAGAUAGAGAGACAGACAGACAGACACACAGAUAGAAGAGAUAGGCCCACAUCAAACGUAACGCAUCCAACCAAGCACAAAACCCACACCUCCUCUUCAUCAUCCUCAUCUUCUUCUUCCUGGAAAUUAACCCUCUUUCUCCCUCUCUUUCUUUCUUUCUUUCUAUAAAUAUUUCUCUCGUCAAAGGAUGCGGCCGCUUAAUGAUUGAUUGUCUCCUUUCCACAUACACACAAAUCCUCACACUCUAUCCCAACGCUUACUCAUCUCCAUCUCUCUUUCUUUCUAUGUAGACAUACAUAUAUCUACAUAGAAGAAAGAUAAACAAACACUACACCAUGUAUAUCUAAAUUCCUCUUCUUUCUCCUUCUUCUCCAUCUCUCUAACUCUACAAGCAAAAAAAUCACUUCUCUUUCAUCUUUUAUUUUAUUUUUUUCCCACUUUCUUCUCUUCAAUCUCUCUCAACAACCAACCAUUUUGCUCCUAUCUUCUGCUUGUCUCCAUCAUCACAUCUUUGCUUUUCCUUCCCUCAUCCCAACUAACAACCUCUCUUUCUCCCUCCUUCCCAUAUUUCUUUCUCUUAAGCAAUAGUAAAUCUCAAAACCCCCACCAACACCACCACCACCACCACCCCUCUUUGGUCCCAUCUCAUCUCCUUUCUUCUUUCCUUGCUUUCAAAGCUCAAUCUCUCUCAAACUCACCCACCUCCUCUUUCCCUCUCUUUAUCUCUAUCUCUAAUUUUCUAUUUCUAUAUUUAUAUAUAUAUAGAUUUUUUUAGAUAUAUAUAUAUAUAUAUUUAUAUAAAACUUAAAAGCUAUGCUUUUCAGUGGCUGCAACAACAACAACUUCACUGAUGACAUGAAGAACCACUCUUCCCAUCACCACCAAGAACUCUCCGGCGAUGACCAAACCAAAAGAUCCAAGAAAAACACCUCCAUCUCCGAUCUCACUACCAAAACCCUUACCAAAACCACCGGCGACGGCGCUACUAUCGAAGUAGCUCGCCGUCCUCGAGGCCGCCCUCCGGGAUCCAAGAACAAACCCAAACCCCCACUCAUCAUCACCCGCGACUCCGAACCUCCUCCCGCCGCCAUGCGCACUCACAUCCUCGAGAUCUCCACCGGCCACGACAUCGUUGACGCCAUCGCCUCCUUCGCCCGCCGCCGAUCCAUCGGUCUUUGCGUUCUCGCCGGCUCCGGCUCCGUCUCCAACGUCACCCUUCGUCAACCGAUGCAAACCCCUGCCACCGCCAUCGUCCUUCGUGGAAGGUUCGAGAUCCUUUCUCUUUCUGGUUCCAUGCUUCCACCAUCGCUUCCGACCAUGCAAGGCGGCGUCUCUGUCUCGUUGGCUGGACCUCAAGGUCAAGUCAUCGGCGGCAUGGUCGCUGGCCCUUUGCUUGCUUCCGGCACGGUGGUUGUCGUCGCCGCCGGGUUUGAAAACCCUACUUUUACCCGCCUCCCUGAUGACAACGACAACGACGGCGAUGACAACACCGCCGUCGAUGUUUCUACUGGCGGUGAAGGUUGUGAAGCUGAUGCUCACCACCACCACCACCACCAUCAUCAUCAACAUCAACAACAACAUCAUCACAACCAACACCACCGCCAUGAACAUGAGCUCAAUGCUCCACCGGCGGAGUCAUGUGGCAUGACUAUGUAUGGCUCCGAUCCUAUCUGGGCUCCAACUCCCCGGCCACCGCAACCGCCACCAGCAUCCCGUUACUAAAAACAAACAGGUUGUUUCGAAGUUUUAGGGCUUUUCUUUAGUUUUUAAUUUCAUUUAGUUUGUGUUUGGUUUUCAUUUCUAG